UUCAACCGGAAGCGCGGCGGCGACGGAAGAGAAAUUGUUGUGGAGCGUCCACAGAGGUGCUGGCCGCUCCGUGUGCUACCUGGACCUUGCACUGAAUUACACAGCAGUUAGCGGCGCAGCUACGUUUCCUGGAGGACCCGGUGUCGCCGUGCAGCCGUUCGAGAUGUCAGUCGUGCCUCCGAGUCGCUCGUCCACCGGCUGGCCGCGCGGUGGGGCCGUUCAGUUCGGGAACAAAUACAUGAGCGGGCCCGCUAAGCCGCUGACCCUGGAGAGGACCAUCAACCUAUACCCUCUCACCAACUACACAUUCGGUACCAAGGAGCCUCUGUAUGAGAAGGACAGUUCAGUGGCGGCACGUUUCCAGCGGAUGAGGGAGGAGUUUGAUAAAAUGGGGAUGCGAAGGACGGUGGAGGGCGUUCUCAUUGUCCAUGAACACAGGCUGCCGCACGUGCUACUGCUGCAGCUCGGAACCACUUUCUUCAAGCUGCCUGGUGGAGAGCUGAGUCCUGGAGAAGAUGAGGUGGAGGGCCUGAAACGCCUGAUGACUGAGAUUCUUGGGCGACAGGAUGGAGUGAAGCAGGACUGGGUGAUUGACGACUGUAUUGGCAACUGGUGGCGCCCCAACUUUGAGCCCCCACAGUAUCCCUACAUUCCUGCUCACAUCACCAAGCCCAAGGAGCACAAGAAGCUUUUUCUGGUUCAGUUGCAGGAAAAAGCGUUGUUUGCUGUCCCUAAGAACUACAAACUGGUUGCAGCACCAUUGUUUGAACUUUAUGACAACGCCCCUGGAUACGGACCAAUCAUUUCUAGUCUACCACAGCUGUUGAGCAGGUUCAACUUUAUCUACAACUGAUAGGAGUGAGCAGAACAACAUCUGGCUGUCUCUGUGAGUGCAGCUGCAUCUGAGUGAAACUUCAGGAUGAGAAACGGUGUGGGAGGAUGGAAAAAAAAAACUACCUUCACAAAAGAAAAGUUUGUGUUGCCAAGCAUAAUGAUAGUCCACACAGCUGUCUGUACUGUUGUUAGAUGAAAACGAAAGUUCUGUGUGUUUUUUUUCUUUUCUUUUUAUCUUCUAGUUUUUCAUAGUAUACAAGCCUGUGUUUCAUUGUGUUUAGAAUCAGAUUUUAUGUCUUUUCUCAGGAGGCCAAUGUUUGAUUAAACAAACUACAACAUUUAGUUUCCAGUUUUAACCUGUAAUAAUGCCGUGUUCCUAUUGUUUUUUUUUUUUUAUUUUAAUAAAGCAGUCAUUUGAGGAUGUUUUUACAAAGUUUAAA